AUGUCUGCUCGUCAGGGACUUUCGAAUCUCGUGUCGUUGUCCGUUUCACAUGUCGCGCUCAACCCUGUUUUCGCUGGAGCUCUCCUGUGGGCGCUGACUAGGGGACCAGCGAAUGUGCACAACCGCCUAAUCAACUCUGUCUCCGCGCUAUGCGACCCAAAAACACUCGCACGCGUCACCAAGCUUCUUCGAUGGUUGCUCGCGCUGGGCGUGAUCAAGACCGUCAACAAGAAGCUCAAUCAGCUGGCGCUCAACGCGUACAGAAUCAACAACGAGAGGAAGAGAUGGAACUGGAAUGAAGAAGUUGCAGUCGUGACUGGAGGCUGCAGUGGUAUUGGGCUCCUGACGGUCAAGCGAUUGAUCCUCAAAGGCGUCAAGGUCGCGAUCCUGGAUGUCCAACAGCUUCCGCCGGCACUUCAGGGCUAUGCCAGCAUCAAGUUCUUUGCCUGCGAUAUCUCGGACCCUGAAGCGGUUUCCAGCACUGCUGAGAAAAUCAGGGCCACGAUGGGGCCGCCCUCAAUCUUGGUGAAUAAUGCUGGCAUCACGCAGCCUCAUACGAUUCUCAAGACAUCGCCCGAGUAUCUGCGCAAGAUCUUCGAUGUCAACCUGCUCAGCAACUGGUAUACGAUUCAAGCGUUCCUUCCGGAUAUGAUCAAGAGUAACAAAGGCCACGUCGUCACAGUGGCCAGCCUAGCGUCAUACUGGAGCGUCGCCGGGAUGGUAGAUUAUUGCGCGACCAAAGCAGCUGUACUUUGCCUACACGAAGGACUUGUUCAAGAGGUCAGGCACAAGCACAAGGCCCCGAACAUUCUGUUCACUUCAGUUCAUCCCGACUUCGUUCGGACACCUUUGCUUGAGCCAUACGUCCCGAAGCUGAACGCCAUCGGGAAGACCAUCUUGGAGCCUAGCGAAGUAGCCAGUGCUAUAGCUGAGCAGAUAUUGGGAUGCUCCGGAGGGCAAUUGUACUUGCCGAAGGGCACCAACCGGACCACGCUGAUUCGAGGAUGGCCCAAUUGGCUACAAGAGAUGCUGAGAGGCGGAUUGGCGAAGAUCAUACUGUCUGGCACAGAAUAA